AACUUUGGUAUCAAAAAAGUUUAGCGAUAAUAGACGUAUGGUGAGGCUUUAAUAUUGGAUUGCAUAAAAAUGGAUGACAGUAACACCCCAACCGAUGACUUUGACUCUGACAUUGAUAAUUUUAAUGAUUUACAGUUUCACCAGCAGAAACAAAUCAUUGUUGGAAUUUGUGCAAUGGCCAAGAAAACAAAAUCAAAACCAAUGCAAGAAAUAUUGAAUCGGUUGCAGCUUUUCGAAUAUAUUCAUAUCAAUAUAUUUGAUGAAGAUGAUGUUAUGAAUAAACCUGUAUCUGAAUGGCCACACUGCGACUGCCUUAUUUCAUUUCAGUCAAGUGAAACCAUUUCAGGGUUUCCACUCAAAAAAGCAGUGGAAUAUACUGAACUGCGUCAGCCAUUUUUGAUCAAUGACUUGGAAACACAGUUUGCGAUUCAGGACAGACGAGAAGUUUAUAAUAUUUUGAGAAAAAAUGGAAUUGAAACUCCACGCUAUGCACUUUGUGAUAGAAGCACUGGAAAAGGCGGCAAUUUUGAGGAAUAUGAAGAUCACAUUGUAGUUGGGAAUGAGGUUUUUCAUAAACCAUUUGUUGAGAAGCCUAUAGAUGCUGAAGAUCACAACAUACAUAUUUACUAUCCUUCCUCUGCUGGUGGUGGAUGCCAGAAGCUGUUUCGAAAAAUUGGGAACCGUAGCAGUCAAUAUUCAACACAAAGUUGCGUAAGACGUACUGGUUCAUAUAUAUAUGAAGAUUUCAUGCCAACUGAUGGAACAGAUGUGAAGGUGUACACAGUAGGGGCUGACUAUGCUCACGCUGAAGCUCGUAAAUCACCUGCACUUGAUGGUAAAGUAGAAAGAGACAGUGAGGGUAAAGAAGUGAGAUUCCCUGUCAUUUUAUCAGCCAAGGAGAAACUUAUUGCAAGACAAGUUUGCCUUGCUUUCAAGCAAACAGUUUGUGGGUUUGAUUUCCUUCGAGCUCAUGGCAAGUCAUUUGUAUGUGAUGUCAAUGGCUUCAGUUUUGUAAAGAAUUCAAUGAAAUAUUACGACGACUGUGCAAAAGUUUUGGGGAACAUUAUAAUGAGAGACUUGGCACCUCAGUUCCAUAUACCAUGGUCCAUUACAACAGAUGCUGAAGAUAUACCAAUAGUACCAACCACUUCUGGAUCUAUGAUGGAAUUACGUUGUGUGAUAGCAAUUAUAAGGCACGGAGAUCGGACACCAAAACAAAAGAUGAAAAUGGAAGUUAGACAUCAAAAGUUCUUCGACCUUUUCACGAAAUACAACGGUCACAAGACAGGAAAAUUGAAGUUAAAACGACCAAAGCAACUUCAAGAAGUGUUAGAUGUUGCUCGUUGGUUGCUUGUGGAACCAAAUGCUAUUUUAAAAGAAAAACAACAUAAAGUAGAACAACUUAAAAGUGUUUUGGAAAUGUAUGGACACUUCUCUGGCAUAAACAGGAAAGUUCAAUUCAAGUACAUGUCAUCAAGUAGAAAUGUGACGUCAAGUUCAGAAGAUGUUUCCACAGACCAGCAGUCAUAUAGUGGGCCAUCUUUACUUCUAAUAUUAAAAUGGGGAGGAGAACUAACACCAGCAGGUCGUAUGCAAGCAGAAGAAUUAGGUCGAGCAUUCCGUUGCAUGUAUCCUGGUGGACAAGUCAGUGGAGAAGUAACAGGUGAUUAUGCUGGUUUCCCUGGCUGUGGAUUGCUACGUUUACACAGCACAUACCGACAUGACCUUAAAAUAUAUGCUUCUGAUGAAGGCAGGGUGCAAAUGACAGCUGCUGCUUUUGCAAAGGGUUUGCUUGCUCUUGAAGGCGAACUUACACCUAUCCUUGUGCAGAUGGUUAAGAGUGCUAACAUGAAUGGGUUGUUGGACAAUGAAGGCGACAACUUAAGUGACUGCCAACAAAACCUUCUUCACAGAGAUGAGGAUUGCAAUGAUCUGGUUGGACGAAAGCAAUCUGUGGUGAAAACCAAACUGCAAGAACUACUGAACAAGAAGGGAGCUAUAACGGAAGAAGACAUCAAACAGAUUGCCCCCCUACCCUCACAAUCUAUAAACAAAGCAAUCAGCUAUCUCUCCAAUCCACUGGAGAAAUGUGCACAGAUGUAUAAACUAAUGAAGUCAUUUACAUCACAACUAAGAGCAAAAGUUGCUUCAGUAUCUGAUAAAGUUCAACUGUACCACAAUGAGUCACUUGAAGUAAUGUUGCAACGAUGGACAAAACUUGAACGAGAUUUCAAACUGAAGGAUGAUACCUAUGACAUCAGUAAGAUACCUGAUAUCUAUGAUUGUAUCAAAUAUGAUCUUCAACAUAAUGGAGCUCUCAUGGUUGAAUAUGCAGAAUUAUACAAAAUAUCCAAAGCAUUGGCAGAUGUAGUUAUACCUCAGGAAUACGGGAUGACUAAAAGUGAGAAGCUGGAAAUUGCUCUUGGAUUUUGCGUUCCUCUUCUGAAGAAGAUUAAAGUUGAUCUUCAGCGAAACCUGGAGGAAGAUACUUACAGACUCAACCCUAGAUAUUCUCGUGGUGUUUUAUCUCCUGGUCGUCAUGUGCGUACCAGACUUUACUUUACAAGUGAGAGUCACAUCCAUUCACUGCUAACUGCAUUACAAUAUGGUGCUCUAUGUGAUAUUGAAAUAGAUGAGCAAUGGAAGCGAGCCAUGGAAUAUGUGGACGCUGUGUCCGAACUCAACUAUAUGACACAGAUCGUGAUCAUGUUAUACGAAGACCCAAGCGAGCCUCCACAAUCCGAGAAGAGGUUCCACAUCGAGCUUCACUUCAGUCCGGGAGCAAAAGGGACUCAACCGGAUGAUAGUUUUCCUCAGGGAGGAGGAUUUAGACCGAGUUCAAGACCUCCCAGCAGAGCACACUCCCCACAUAACAUAUCACCAGAACGCAGAGUGUUGGAUGAAAAACACAAUUCUCGUUUGAAAACUCAGACACCUGACGAAUCUGCUGCUACUCCUUUCACAAUUGGAGACGACUCUGAUGUUGAAGACAUUAAAGAAGACAAUGAUGGAGAUGAUGAGGAUGAUAAUGAUGUGGGAGAAACAUCGGAUGCAGUGAGAGCAUUCCUAAGGAAGAGCAAACCUCAUAGAUCAGCUCCUCCACCUGCUGUACAUAUAAAGCAACAAGAAGUUGCGAGAAAAUACAGUGGUCGCCUUCACAGGCCCUCACAAUUAUAUGAAGAUGUUUACGCCACUAACUUGCUUAGACAAUAUGGUGUACAAGGUGGAUUAGGUUCUCAAAGCAGUUUGUUCAGUAACAGGGUAUUAGCUGGUACCUCAUCAUCUGUGCCAAGCUUACAGAAAGGAAAUGAAACAACCUUUGAACGUAAAUUAUCAGCUACAGACCUUACUGAAUGCAUCGAUGGUCACUCGAUGGCACCAUCUAUCCGUCCAUUAGAAACGUUACACAAUUCUCUUUCCUUGAAACAAAUGAACGACUUUUUGGACAAAGUGGUUCAGAUGGAAAAUAUCAAGCACUCCAAGUGAUCCAUCAUAUGUUGUGUCUCCAUCUCAUGAGCCUGUAUUCAAUGCUUAUGUUCCACUAAAGGUUUUACCGAAUGAAUACAAGUCACCAACUCAAUCUAGACGCCCUAAACCAACAGCUUCAACAACAGAAUCUUCUCAAUAAAAUGUUCCUGAAAAAUGUGGUGCCGCUUACAUUUACUGAAUAUAACAUUACAGUGCUUCCAAGAUGUAUGUAAUGUGUGAUGCAGUAAGGUUGUUAUCAAGUGUGGUUGCUGUGGUGCAUUUUAAUCUCAUGAGAUUGCUUAUUUAUCGCCAUGCAACAAUAUUUUAAAACUUUGCCAUUUUUCUGACAUUGUUUCAUGCUCACUGUGAUAAUUGCAAUCUUAACAACGAGCAAGUCAUGUUCAUAAUAAUAAUAAUAAAUGAUUAUUUAAGCUUUACUGUCAGAGUUUAUUUAUUUUCUCGAAAAAAUAAAUGAAUUUUACACUA